AUGAGGGUAAAGAGACAGUGUAGCUUAGCGCGGAGAAAAAAGAUACAACUUUCAGUGUCAAAACUACGUUGUGAUACGUCGUUUAAAGAUGUUGAGAGAAAUAAAAACAAGCUGAACAUGAGAGUAACACGUUCUUUAGAAAGUUAUCUUAGCACAGAAAGAAAGAGGAACAACGACUCAAAGAAACUAGCUAGGACACAAGAGCUUUAUCGCACUGCAGAGAAGAAGAGGAACAACGACUCAAUGAAACUAGCUAGGACACAAGAGCCUUAUCGCACUGCAGAGAAGAAGAGGAACAACGACUCAAUGAAACUAGCUAGGACACAAGAGCCUUAUCGCACUGCAGAGAAGAAGAGGAACAACGACUCAAUGAAACUAGCUAGGACAAAAGAGCCUUAUCGCACUGCAGAGAAGAAGAAGAACAACGACUCAAAGAAACUAGCUAGGACAAAAGAGCCUUAUCGCACUGCAGAGAAGAAGAAGAACAACGACUCAAUGAAACUAGCUAGGACAAAAGAGCCUUAUUGCACUGCAGAGAAGAAGAGGAACAACGACUCAAUGAAACUAGCUAGGACAAAAGAGCCUUAUCGCACUGCAGAGAAGAAGAGGAACAACGACUCAAUGAAACUAGCUAGGACACAAGAGCCUUAUCGCACUGCAGAGAAGAAGAGGAACAACGACUCAAAGAAACUAGCUAGGACAAAACAAGCAUAUCGCACCGUAGAGAAGAACAGGAAUAAAAACGCAAUGAAAAUAUUAAGAACUAAAGAGGCAUAUCGUUUAGCUGAGAAAAAGAAAGACCUUCAGUCUAAGACAAGUCUCAGGAAAAAUAAUGUUUAUCGUAUAGCUGAACGAGAGAAGAGCAAUGGUGCGAUACAGUUGAGAAGAGCCCAGCAUGAUUAUCGUGAAAGUGAACGGCUAAGGGACAGAGAACGGAAAGAAAAACGAAGACAUGAUUAUUUCUUUCGCGCUAGAGAAAAUUAUAUCUCCUCUUUAAGAGCGAUUGAUUCAGUCUGUAGUAAAAAUAAACUACAAUUCAUUAAAGACCGAUGUUCAAAGCCAGAUAAGGUUUGUUGUUCUUGUGAGGGACUAUUUUUCAAUCAUUCUGUUCUGAAACAUCAUGACACUUUCCCUACAAAAUUUAGCUAUGAAGAAUGCAGUGCUAAAAUAUUUAAUUAUCCUUCAGAAUACAUAUGCCGUACUUGUUACAAUCACUCAAGGAAAGGAAAAAUUCCGAAAAUGGCAACAAGUAAUGGCCUGAAGUUUGUAGAUAUACCAGAGUGUAUAAAAAGGUUAACAGUGCUGGAGGAGCGGAUGGUUUCCCCAUACAUCAACUUUAUGCAACUCCGACCGCUGAAAGCAUAUGCUAUAAAUCCACAAAUAGGCAUGAAAGGAAGUGUAGUCAAUAUCCCGAUAGAAAUCGACGACAUGGUUCAAGUGCUACCGCGUGCUUUUGAUAAUUUAGCCACGGUACAGAUUAAGUUAAAACGUCAUAUGCUGCACAAAUCGCACUAUUUGUUUGAAACUGUUCGACCAGCAGUAAUUUGUGAUGUUUUGGAUCAGUUGGUGAAGACGCCGUUAUAUCGUGCCAACAGUAUUUCUAUCGACAGAACGUACUUCGAACGAUAUGCCGAUUGUGGUAUUCAAACUGCCAUUGAUUUUGUACUUGACGAUAAAGACAAGGACUGCGUUCAAGCAAGCCAAAUAUCAGAUAGCGGAAGUGCUAAGAAAAUACGUACGGAAAAUGUUGAUUUUCACGAAGACAGCGACGACGGAAACUCUAAUGAUGAAGUGGACGAAGAAGUCAUGAUAGUAGAUCGAAAUAAAGAAAUGGUCGACAACGUGCAGGUGUUCGCUCCAGGUCAAGGCAAGCUACCGGUUCCUUGGCAUGCAGUAAAUGACAUAGAUGAAUUGUGUUUCCCCAAGAUAUAUUUCGGUCACAAAUUUUACACACCUAAGAAAUUUUCCUACAAUGACAGGGUUAAAUUCGAAAUUCGCCAUAGAGACAGACGAGCCUGCAUCCCAGCAAGACUGCUGUUCAUGGCAAAGAAAAAAUUAGAAAUGACUGCUCUGGCAAGUGUUAAUAUGUGUUUAAGGAAAACAAAGGUGACGCAUGGAAUGAACGUUAAAAAUGCGCUUGAUAAAAAUUAUCUCGAUAAUCUAAUGAAAUUAGAUGAAGGAUACAAAAUCCUUAAACAAGUAAGAUCAUCUCCAUCAUACUGGGAAACUAGGAAAAAAGAGUUGAUGGCAACAGUUAGACAACUUGGCAAGCCAACAUUCUUUUUAACAAUAUCUGCAGGAGAAACAAGGUGGCCGGAAUUGAUUAAGUCUCUAUCCGCGCUACAGGGAUCACAUUCAACAUUGGAAGAAGCAACAGCCCUCAAUGACUACCAGAAGACUGAUCUUAUUAAAAACGACCCAGUUACGUGCGCGCGGUAUUUUAACUAUAAGAUGUCUAAACUAAUGUCGUUGCUAAAAGAAGGAUCCAUUUUUGAAAAAAACACCGUCGAAGAUUUCUAUGAAAGAAUCGAAUUUCAAGUGAGAGGAUCUCCACACGAACACAUCUUCUUGUGGCUUACAGGUACCCCAGUGUUUGAUUCAAAGAAUGUUGAUUCCAUUAAGGAAUGUGUAGGAUUUAUUGACAAGUUUAUCACCUGCGAGUAUAAAGAAGACGAUCCGUUUGUGCAGCUUCAGAUGCACAAGCACUCUCAUACAUGCUACAAAGGAAAAAGGAAUAAAAGCAAGUGUCGAUUUAACUUCCCCAUGCCCGCUAUGCCGAAGACAAUGAUACUGGAGCCAUUAGCCGAGGAUGAAAUUGAUGACUCAUUCAAAGAACGAUUGACAGCACUUCGAAAGCUAAUGGUAUAUUAUUCGAAGAGCAGAGAUGACAUACCAUUUGAAGAGAUUCUUAAGACUUUGAAUAUGUCUGAAGAGAUGUACAUUUCUGUUCUCAGGAGCUCACUUAAAAGGCCGCAAGUGUAUCUACGAAGAAAGAGCACAGAAGUUAAUAUCAAUGGGUACAACCCAGAUAUCCUGCAUCUUUUCGAGUCCAAUAUGGACCUACAAUUUGUUUUAGAAGAAUAUGGUCUUGCUUCCUAUAUUGUAAAAUAUGUGAGUAAAAUUGAUAGUGGGCUAUCAAAAAUAUUACGUGAUGCAGCGUCGGAUGCCAACAAAGGAAAUAAGAGCGUAAAGGAGAAAUUUAGAAAGAUCGCAAACGUUUUCCUGAAUAGCAACCUGAUGUCCGCCCAAGAAGCAGCAUAUCAUGCCUUGUCAAUGCCUUUGUCAAAAUGUAGCCGCAAAACUGUAUACAUAAACACCAGUCCUAGGCUGGAAAGAGCCAGGAUGUUAAAAACAAACGCACAACUUCAAAGUUUAAAUGAAGACUCAACAGAAGUCUAUAUGAAAGACUUAUUUCAAAAAUAUAGUGAACGACCGCAACAGUUAGAAGACGUUUGCCUGGCAACAUUUACAUCUGAGUAUGUACCGAUUAGGAGGGAAGCAGAAUUUGAUGAAGAUAAAAUUUAUUUUGAGGAAUCAAAAGAGUACAGGCGUAAGAAAAAACCAGCCGUGAUAAGGUACAGACGGUACAAACUUCAGCAGGACAAAUCAAAUUACUUCCGAGAGCAAUUACUGCUAUUUCUGCCUUGGCGUAAUGAGUUAAAAGAUAUAGAACAAGUCAAUUGUGAGCAGCUGUACAGAGACAGUGUGGUAAAGAUAGAGGAUAAUAGGAAAAAAUUUUCAGCAAUUGCAGAUGAAAUUUUAGAUGAUGCUUUGGAAAAUGCCAAACAACAGGUUGCAGAUAUAGAGGAAGAGGAAGCCUACGAAUUUAUAAAAGAAAAACUUUCACCAGAACAUAAUGUGGACAUUCUGCAGCAAGGAGGACAGGAAACCCCAGUUAAUAAGAAUCAAAAUCGAUACAGUGUUCCGAAUAGAGUGCCACAUGAAGACAUAUGUUGCUUGUUUUCCCGUCUGAACGAGGGACAGAAAGACUUCGUCUUCCACAUCCUCAAUUCCUUCAAAUUGAGAAAAACUCCCUUCUAUAUCUUCCUGAGUGGAUCGGCAGGGGUUGGAAAAAGUACAGUCAUUAGGUGCCUUUAUCAAUCCAUAACAAAAUAUUUUGAUUCACAGCCAGGUGCUUCGGGAGACUCCAUCUAUGUUCUAUUGUGUGCACCAUCUGGGAAAGCUGCAUUCCUCAUUGAAGGUGUUACCCUGCAUACUGCUUUCGCAUUACCCAUAUCUCAAUUUGGUGGUUCAAUGCCUCAGUUAUCGUCAGAAGUUGCCAAUACAAUUAGGGAAAAAUUAUUCAACAUUAAACUACUGAUCAUCGAUGAAAUUUCUAUGGUCGGAAGCACACUUUUCAGUCGAGUUGACUCUCGUUUGCGCCAAAUAAUGGGAGACAACAAACCCUUUGGAGGGAUAUCAGUUUUACUUGUCGGAGAUUUGAACCAGCUACCACCAGUUAUGGAUUCCCUAAUUUAUAAGGUGGACAAAAGCAACGAAUUUUGGGAAUUAAUGGAUCGAAAUCCCCUUUGGGAUCUAUUCACCUUCUACGAAUUGAAACAAAUAAUGCGCCAAAAGAAUGAAAUUGAGUUUAUUGAAGCGCUGAAUGCAUUAGCGAGUGGACACAUGGUGCAAAAACAUGUUGAACUGUUCAAGUCUAGGCAAGUGUCGCCGUCAGCAGUACCAAACAGCGCAAUCAGAUUGUACGGUGAAAAUAAAUGUGUCGAUAUUUAUAACCAGGAAAGAAUUAAAAGUCACCCGGGACCACAUUACAUUUCCACUGCUAAAGAUUCCAUUUUAGGAAAACUCUCAGAGGCAUCAAAGGAAAGUAUACUGCAGGGACUAAAGAAAAAAAAAUUAAGUGAAGUAAAUGGCCUACCACACAGCAUCAUUAUAAAACUAGGAAUAAAAUAUGCUAUAACAACGAACAUUGACGUAGAAGAUGGUCUCGUUAACGGAGCGUGCGGAGUCCUAAGGCUGAUAACAUUCGAUAAUGACGACAGCCAAGUACCAAAAAUACUCUGGUUAGAUUUCUCCACACACAACGUUGGUAAUAAGGCAAAGAUGGCUCACAAACGGCUCAUAGAUGACAAUAACCUUGACUCACAUUUAGUGCCCAUAAGGAAGGUUUGUGUUCCGCUGAAUAUUUCAAAUAAACUUCAGUACCCGACAUUAAGAACUCAAUUCCCCAUGGUACCCGCAGAAGCAAUUACCAUUCACAAAAGCCAAGGACAGACAUAUGAACAGGUGGCGUUAGAUUUCAACGAAAUAAAAAGGAUAACAAGGCCUUUGCUGUAUGUAGCUUUAAGCAGAGUUUCAAGCAUCACAGGAUUGUACAUUGUUGGAGACUUUAGGAUCCCAAAACAAUCGACGCAUGAGGACCCAAGCCUGCAAGAGCUCUACAGACUAAGGACAGCUAAGUCUUUAAAUUUGCCACUCCGUAUAUUUAAAGACUCAACAGGAUUCAAAGUAGCAUAUCAGAAUGUGUGCUCUUUAACGAAUAAAUUACAAUACAUUAAAGGGGACAAUUGGUAUUUUCAAAGCGACUUACUGAUAUUUUCCGAAACGUUGGCAUCUGAAACCGAAGAAUUUGUCCUUGAUAACUAUAAAGUGUUAUUUCGGAGUGAUCCACACUGUGGUACUAGAGGUAUCAUUUGUUUCGCGAAACACAGUCUUAGUGGUGUAAGUGAUGUCAUACAUGACAGAAUUGAAACUGGCACAAACUAUCAUGUAGAAUUAUAUGCGGUUACUAUCUGUAGAAUGACCAUCAUUACUGGAUACAAGUCACCUAGCACGCCAGUCAGUGUGUUUCGAACAACUUUCCAUACGUUAUUGAGUAAGGUCAAAUUUGUUGAAGAAAUUGUUGUGAUUGGAGAUCUGAACUUCAACAUCUUAAACAAUGCCAGUAGUGACUUGCAUGACUUUUUCAAGCAGUAUAAACUUACAUCUGCUUUACCAUUGGAAAUCCCAACCACCGAUUUGAAUACACAAAUAGACGUCAUAUUUUCAACAACUUCAGUCCUUGCUGGAGUGUAUGAAACGUACUUCUCUUACCAUAAGCCUGUAUGUUUUAUAUUCAAUGACAAUAAAAUUUCUUACCAAAAGAAAAUACCAGACUCUAUCACCACGAUCGCUCCUCCAAAAACAGUAAGGCGAAUUGAAGAUGAACUAAGACCACCAUUCAACAUACCUUCUGAAAAAUACGUUAUUAACACCUGCAAGGACCUUAAAUCAAACGAAAUGUGUACACUAUCAGAUUCUAAACUAAACGUAUUUCUGUCGGCAAACAGUUCUCAAGCUCCAACAUGCGUAUCGAACUUUCAAGGUUUGUUUAUUCAGGUACAAACUAUUCUCAACUAUUUUGAUAGAAAGAGAGGUAGCACAUCUGAGACUGAUCUCCAUAGUGCUAGUGCUGAUAUUAAAAAUGAAACAUUGCAAAACCUCUUGAGUGUAAUAAGUCCUUGCAAGGUACAAAUCCAACAUGAAAUUAUUCGCCUAAGAACUCACGCUAGAGCAGAAUAUGACCCAUCACUGGCAGCAGAUGAAGUUAAGGGAUACUACAGGAAAGGAAUAUGCCACGGAUUUUUAUCUCAUUUCUUCGUAUGCGAAACACGAGCCGACGGUAACUGUUUCUAUAACGCGUUGUCUCUCUGCAUGGUUCAAUCAGAAGCACAGGCACAGAACAUUCGCUUGCUCAUAGCAUCAUACCUGCUGCUUAAUGCGACAGUACAUGAAAAGCUUAUCCAGAUGACUCACGGAGAAUUCUCUCAUAGGUUGGAUCAUCUAUAUGUUUGCUUCAAAAACUACAUCUGGGCCGGCGACGUCCAAGCGUAUGCUGCUGCCUUAGUUUUUGACCGAUCUAUUAUUAUGAUAGGUGGUCUUGACCAACAGUUCCACCAAUUCUCUGAAAUACAGCACUUAUCUUCUAAAGAGUUAUUACAGUGGCUCUCUCAAGCCACCUGGAGAAGUUCAGAAGUGGUGGAAACUGAUUCAUCAAAAAGAAACGGGCGAGAGCCCAUAUUCAUACUUCACCAGGUGAAUCAUUUCAUGGCCAUGCUACCACGAACUGACUCAGUCGCAGACCUUCAGUUCCUUCCCCCAGCGGUUGUGAAUCUUAACAACAUUUCCAUUGAAAAAUAUAAGAUAUGUGGAGUUGAUUAUGAAUUUUCUCCUCCAUAA